GCAGCCGGUGCUGGCAGCUGGUGCUUGCCGGCCGCCCGCCGCGCCGGGGGCUGGCAGGGCCGGCUCAGCCGCUGACGUAUGUCCAGGACAAUCUGAGCGAUGACAAAGUUUUUCAUCCGGCUGCCUGCAGCUCCCUCCGCACCGCCCCUGCGGCUGCGGGGAGGGGUAUGGGCCUCGUGGGUCCCCUGGGUGCCGUGGGAAGCGCUGGGCUGCCGGCUGUGCCGAGCCGGGUCGCGCACGGGGCUGGGAGCGGGCUCGGGGCUCGGCCGCGCUCGGCAUGGGGCUCCGGCUCCCGCUGCGCCGCAGCACCAGCUUCACCCCCGACCACCCUGCCCUCAUGGAGGUGCCGGGCCCCGCUGCCCCGCUGAAGAUGGAAGCAAACGUCCUUGUCAUGGGAGCAGACAACGUGGGGAAAUCAGCUCUGACCGUGCGUUUCCUGACCCGGCGCUUUAUUGGAGAGUACGGAGACAUGGAAUUCAUCUACAGCCACAACCUGACUGUGGAUGGCCGAGAGAUUCUCUUACACAUCUGGGACGUCCCCAAUUCCCAGGAGCAGGCAGAGGAUGGCUCCUCAGAGGAGAAGCGAAUCCAGUGGGCAGACAGCUUUGUCCUGGUCUACAGCAUCUGUGACCGUGCCAGCUUCAACAUCCUGCCCCUCAAAAUCCAGUUCAUCAAGGCUGCCAAGGAGGGGCAGAGCCAGGAGAAGGUGCCCAUUGUCAUUGUGGGCAACAAACGGGACCUGCACCACCAACGGGUGGUGUCCAGCGAGGAGGGGCGGCUGCUGGCCCUCUCUUUAGACUGUGGUUUCUAUGAGGUCUCUGCAGCUGAGGCUUAUCACGGGGCCCUCAUGGUCUUCCAUGGACUGGCCAAGCUCAUCCCAGACACCAAGCUGGCCCUGAAGAAGGGCACAGGGAUCCGUGGCAUCGUCAAGACCAUGUCGGCUGUGUUUGGCCGAAAGCGAACAGACUCCCUCUGAGCUCCUGCACGGGUGUGGCUGCUCUCUCUGCUGCCCAGCUGGGCCAGGCCUCCUCGCUGGGUGCCCGUGGAGACGGUGUGUGUCUUUCCAUAAGUAUGACAGGUUCCUUGCUGUCCUCCUAGUGCCAGGGUCUGGGUGUCCUGCCAUGCACAGCCACUGCAGCUGAGGACUGUGGUGGGUUGGUCUUGGCUCUGCCGUGGGACAGUCUCAUCUCUUUGCUGUACCAGCUCUUUAGGUGCCUCCUGCUUUCUCCUUCCAUCCUCCAACACUGGAAACCACGGGGGGGUUUUGCCAAAGCUCCAGGCAGCAGCAUCCCUAGCUCCUGCAGCAGGAGCUGCCCAGGCUGUCAGCGAUUAGGGAGGAUAUCCUGCUCUUGUACACUACUCCCUGUCUCUCCACUCCUACUCUGGGAUCCUUAUUCCUGUUUAACCCUCAUCAGGAUUAUCUUCAGUAACCCUGGAGCACCCAUGAGCUGGAGAGGUGGGGCUUUCUCCGCCGGGGAGGCACUGGUAGCUCCCGCCUGUGUUUCACUCUCCAGAGCCCAGGCACCGGCCAUCCUGGGGCACUUUGGUGAGGGCUGGUGCCUCCCAUCCCCCCGCCGUGCUCAGGGCCCUCUCCCCCACAGCCUUUCAGCCAUCACAGCCGCUUCCCUUGUGCUGUACAGCGCUGUACAGGCUGUGCCUGGGAAAAGCCAGGCGCGGGGCUGGUUCCCAGGAUGGGAAUUGCACCACGCGCCUUCCCAAGCCACUCCUUCUGUCGGGCUGCCUGUCCCCCGGGAGGAAAGGAGGUGGGGAAAGGGGUCGCUGGGCUCCUCGCUGAAUCCUCUGCUGCUGGGAGGCUUUUCCCUGCCUCUCCCGAGCCCUUCUCUUUGUGCCCUGGGAAAGCAGUGUAUUGGAAGAGGGUUUGUGCGUGCUGUAGGGACACUGAUUUCUCUGCUGUGUUCUUCUGGAAAUGCAAUAAAUUGUCUUUGGCAGGAA